GGAAGGUAGAGGUUGCCUCGUAUAACGAAAACGAAAAGAGAUUCUCGACCGAAUAUUUAUUAUUAGAAACGCAGAUUGAAACACCAACCCAACCCAGAAUGAGAUCUACGUAAAUUCCUUCCAAUCCCUUUCUUUUUCUUCGUUAAUCUUCUCAAGAAUUUGUGAACUCUGCAGCUUUAAAUACAGAUCAACAAACAUCAGGCUGUAGAGGAGAAUGGCAGACACCAUAGCCAGCUUUUGGGGUCCGGUUACAUCAACUACAGAGUGUUGUGAAAAUAAUUAUGCUCAUUCAUCAUAUAUAGCAGAGUUUUAUAACACAAUAUCCAACAUUCCAUGCAUUCUUUUGGCUCUCCUUGGUCUUAUAAAUGCUUUACGACAGCGGUUUGAGAAAAGAUUUACUGUUCUUCAUCUAUCGAAUAUGGCACUUGCCAUUGGAAGCAUGUUGUACCAUGCCACACUGCAACAUGUGCAACAACAGAGUGAUGAAACUCCUAUGGUAUGGGAGAUGCUGCUGUACUUGUACAUCCUGUAUUCUCCAGAUUGGCAUUAUCGUACUACGAUGCCCAUCUUCCUAUUUUUGUAUGGUGUUGUUUUUGCAGUUUUCCAUUCUUUCUUCCGUUUCGGCAUUGGCUUUAAAGCACAUUAUGUCAUUCUCUGUCUCCUCUGCAUUCCAAGAACAUACAAAUAUUACAUUUAUACUGAAGAUUUGUCUGCGAAGAGGAUUGCAAAGCUAUAUGUAGCCACCCUUGUAUUAGGAACUUUAUGUUGGUUAGGUGAUCGGUUUUUCUGCAAGGAGAUAUCCACUUGGCCAAUUAAUCCACAGGGUCAUGCUUUGUGGCACUUCUUCAUGGGUUUCAAUUCCUACUUUGCUAACACAUUCUUGAUGUUCUGCCGGGCUCAACAGCGUGGUUGGAAACCGAAGAUUGUUCGUUUAAUGGGUGUUUUACCAUAUGUGAAGAUUGAGAAACUGAAAAGGAAGUAACACAGAAAAUCAUAGAAGAUGAUAGUUUGUCAUGAUACAUUUUGGUAAAGAGAAAUUGUUAGCAAGUCAUGUCAUGUUUUCAGUUUUUUGGUUUUUGGGUUUAGAUUGGCUUAAAUGACUACUGAUUAUUUACAUAUUCUGUUGUAGAGGUAGGACAUGUACCAUAUUUAUCACUUAUAUGGGUGCCAUUUGGAGCCUGGGCAUUCCUUAGCUCAAAAGUUAUGACUACCAAAAAAGUUUUGCUCUA